AUGCUUGCUCCUAUGAGUUCCGCAUCCUCCUCAUCCUCGUCUGAACAACCUCCACCUACAGCACCCACAGUGUCCAACAAGAGCGACGUCCCUCCUGCCAAGGGAUCUGUGGUGUGGAAGAAGUGGCCCUCCGCCCUCCGGGCUCUGAUUGCGGUGCUUCCAGCAUAUCAAGCCCUCCUCAGAAGUGGCGAUUACGCUGGCAAAAGGGCAUGGAUGAGCAAGACCAUACCGGAGAUGAUGGAGCGCGACUUCCCUGAGAGCAUGAUUCAACAAUUUGGCACCGACAAGCUCAGAGUUGCCGUCGGAGCCUGGUUGAACAACAAUAGGAACGCGGCAGCCCAGGAUGUAUCCAAGGCGUUGAAUGGGAACGACUGCCCACAGAAGGCUGAAGAUGGAGCUACGGCGAGCCCUAGCAGGAACACGGGAAGCAAUGAUACCGCACGCGCGGUCGUGGGGAAGAUUGUCGAUAACCCUUUGGCGAAGGCUUUGCGGGCGCGGAAGGUGUCCCCCAUGCGACUGUGGGGUAGCGAGAACAACGCCCGCGUGCAGGAGCGCAUCGAAGCUAUGGGCAGGAAUAAGAUAGGGGGAUGGUCGAGGUGCGCGUCGUACAUUUGGCACAACGAGCUGGAGGAGGCGGAGCGGUCCGAGUGGGUAAAAAAAGCGGAGGAGCUGAGCAUGCCUGAUGAUGAGCAAUGUUACAUCAAUCAGCUCAGCGUCACAAAGCUGCUUGUUAGCUUGCUGACUGACCUAAUCAGCAUAGGGCCCUCCAAAAUAGGCAAGGCGUGCUUCGCGGUGCGCUUGGCUUACAGGGCCCCUGAUGGGCAGCUCAUCUAUGAAGAUUUCUCGUUGACCGAGGAUGAGAAAGCGAUUAUGUUCGCCCACUUCGACGGCGGUGCUUCACCGGAAGAGGAUGAGCAGUGGAUGAAAUGGGUAUCCACAGUUGUAGGCGUCAAUCCGAAGGCCCGUGAACGGGAGGUGGAUUACGACAAGGAGGGCGCUGUGCGUUUGCGCAAGUGGACGGGAAGUGAGGAUGUCCUCUGGAUGAAGCGCGCGUUACGCGCCUACUUCAAGGAAGUGUGGGCUGAAAGCGGGAAUGAGCCGGAGGCUUUCACAAUGGAGGAUGUGAUUCGCUCCCCGACGUCCUUUGUGGACGGGGAUUGGGUAGACAUGUUCAAGUCCGACCCUUUCCAAUUGGAACCUGCCGAUCUGAAGGUCGACGACACCGAGGGGCAAGUUCCGCUCCCAUCAAUGCCAAGUUCCGAACUGCCCGGGCCGAGCGAGUUGGAUAACGUGGUAGAUACCCCAGGGCAAGAGUUGCAUGAUGGCCCUGGAUCCCAAACGGGCAUGCGGGCGCAUAACGACACCUCUCUACCCCACAAUUAUGAGACGUCGGUCGCCGGUAGCGCCUCUGUGCCAGAGGCGGAUGCUCCAGAACAGAACACACCUUCUAUCCAAGAAGCGCAGCACGCAGAGCCUGGUUCAAACGCCCCGCGGAAUUUGGAUCCGCGGCACGCCCCUGGGGCGCAGUUCCCCCCCAGCAUAGUCCCGCCAGCAACUGUGACUCCACACCGCACGUUGUCUGUUCCCCCAGAGCCAGCUCCCACACACCCAGCGUACGCACGGGCGGGCUCCACUCCCGCGACGUUGGAGCAUGCCUCCCAUGGCGAACCCCACGUAUCGUACACUCCCAGAAGCUGGCGCACGUGGGAGGUGCUUAGAUCGCCUGCUAGGAGCAAGGUGGGAGGGAGGGAUUCCCCCAACGUGCAGGUGAAACCUGCCAGUGUCCUUCCGCCCUUGUUCCCCAUCCGCGAGGAGGACGCUGGAUACAGGUCGCAGGAGGAGUUGCCCGCAAGUGUGACGUCAACCCCUUGCACGUUGCGGUCGGUCGUGGAUCGCGAGACGUUUAUGCCAGCAUCCAGUGAUUUCGAAACUUUUCCCGAUGAGCGAUCAGGGGAGGUGUCGCAACCUGACCUUGACGUGCACAUGGGCGAAGUGUCGCAGCCUGUCCUCAACGUAGGCGUGGGCGAGCCUCCACUGCAAGAGCAUCCACCUGCAGAGAGCGCUCAGGUCGAAGUGGGAAAGGGCGGUGAGGAGAUGACAGACGAACGGGGGGGAGAUGGGGCACAGGCUCCUGGGCAGAAGAAGAGGGGCCGUCCCAAGGCUAACGUUGCACCAUCGACGAGAGUACUGCGGGGGCGCUCUCAAGGCAACCCGGACACUGAUGCCACGGCGACGGUGGAUGUGGGGAGUGUCCCUCUACCCAAGAAGAGGAAAAGCGUCGCAGACGGGGCGUUGAGCGGUGGGAGUGGUGCUACCCAGGCCAUGGAGACCCAUGGGACAGAGAUUGGAGGGACGGAGACCCAGGGGACAGGCAACCACGAGGCCAUGGGUGGUACUUCCCGGCGCGGCGGUAAGAGGUCGGGACGCGGAAGGAAGCCCAAGAAGGCGUAG